UAUUUUGGUUUAGUUAUAAAAAUAUAUAUUUGACUGGACUGUCUCUGAGCUAGCUAGCUAUAGUCUUCCACUACGGCAGGUGGCAGUAGCAAACCUAUAAAGGUUACAUUUCCAACGUAGUGCACGCAUGUGUACAUACAUUUUUUAUAAAGCAACGGCGUGCAGCAACGAGGGAUAGCAGUGGAAUCAUGGCACUGAAUGCAGACGACGAUGACUUCGAGUGGACACCCCCUUCAGAAUCGGAGAUGAAGGUUAUUCAUGCUCAGCGGGAACGACAGGACAAAAUAAGCAAGCUCAUGGGUGCCUACCUCCUCAAAGGCUACAAAAUGUUAGGAGAAUGCUGUGAGCAAUGUGGGACGAUUCUCCUUCAGGACAAGCAGAAGAAGAACUACUGUGUUGCAUGUCAGGAACUGGACUCUGACGUAGACAAGGACAACCCAGCCCUAAAUGCCCAGGCUGCCCUGUCACAGGUCAGAGAGAGACAGCUAGCCUCUCAGCCUGUCCAUCUGGACAAUGAAGCCCCCUCCAGUGACACCCCCCUCUCCAUCACAGGGCAGCCCCGACCAGAGCACUGCGAGGGUGCUGCGUCAGGACUGAGAGGGCCCCUACCUCCACCAGCCAACCCCUCCCCUGCACUCACCGUGACCCCUAGCUUCCUCCCUACAUCCACCCCAUCCAUACAGCCAGUCCAGGUGGCAGCCCCCAUAGUAGCCCCUGCACCUCACCCAGCCCUGUCCAGUGCUGAGGAUGCAGUGCUGCACAAGCUGCGGUGGGCUACACAGGAGCUCCAGCACUCAGCCUCAGUAGAGGCUAGUAUCCAGCUGUGCAGCCUCAUCCGCAGCUGCGCAGAUUCACUGCGCAGCCUGAAAGAGCUUCACCAAUCAUGAGACUGAACUGAUGGCAAUUCUAAAAACAGAAACAAGGCAUAAACACAUGCUGACAUAAGCAACACCGGAAGUUGUAGCAUCUUGAUUCCCUUGCAAAGGUUUUUGUGGCAAAUAUGGCGGUAAAGGUUCAUGUAAUUAACUUGGACAACUGUCUGUAUGCAUAGUUUGUAUUUUGAUUGCCUGACCUGUAGUGUAACAUUUGUUUAAACAUUGCUGUUACUUUUCAUUUGAAGUCUUCUCUGGAUUCAUGGUGAAGUUGACACAAACUUGCGUGGUGAGAAUGGGCACCUCUGAGUGGUUGAAUUUCUUUAAACUGCAUAUAGUUGAGUGGGGUUUGACUGGUUGAUAUUAAUGUACAUCACUUGUUUAUAAAAAUCUGAAUUUAUCCACAUUA